AGUUUAUAGGUUAUUGAUUUAUUAUUAGUUUCUAACUGACUCACUAAUUGAUUAAUUUAAACAAUACCCUUAAUGAAUUUUAUAUAUAAUUAAAAAUGAAUUUUAUGUUAAUAAUAUUAAAGUUAUAAGUUAUAUUUAAUAUUAAAUAACUGAUUAUAAGACAAUCUGAAAAGAAAAUUGUGUUGCUAUCUGAAAAGAAUAUUUUAUUAUAAAAUUUAAAAAAAUUAAGUUACAAAUGUUUUGAUGAAAUAUAUUUGACAUAUAUAAAAUUUAAAAAAAUUAAGUUACAAAUGUAUGUAUUUUGAUGAAAUAUAUUUGACAUAUAUAAAUACUUUAAUGUUUGAUUUAACUAUUUGAAAACAUAAAUAAUAACUUCUUAUGCUGGUUUUAGAUUUAAUAAGACAUAAAAUAAUAAGAAUUUAAAAGACAAUUAUGUCCGCAUGUACGGACAAAACAUCUAGUUACAUUUACUAGAUUAACGAAAAACACAACCUUAUCGUCUUAUAUGGUUGAUCAUAUUAACCUACAUUGAAGUUUAUACUUGAAUUAUGUGUGUUUUGUUUUAAGUAUUUUCAUUUCAUCUAUUUUGUACUCUUAUUUUUUUUUUAUCUCUGUGUGGUUUGUAUUGUGUUUGCUUUUCGAGAUGUUAGUACUAUAUCAGCUAUGAUUUAAUAUAUUUUUUCUCUAUUGAUUGAUAAUAGAAAUUGAGUAUGUUUCUAAUUUUUGAUUAGAACUAUAACUUUAGAUUUGCGCUAUAUAUCUUUAUUUUUUCGGCUGUUAUACAUUUAUACUGCUUUUCUAGAAAAUUUUGUUGAUUUAUUUUUUAUUUAUUUUUUUCACAACUAUUUUUGAAAUCUUCGUUUUAGAUAUGUAUUAAUUUUUUUGUUUUGGUUUUUCAAUAAGUAUAUAUUAAUUUUUGGUUGUGGUUUUCAAUAAUUUCUUAUUAAUUUUCAUUAUCUUGAGUUUAUACCAUAAAAAGAAUAAAAAUCUAUGAGAUACAUGGCUUUUCUUUUUAAUUUCAUUCACCUUGGUUUGAUGCAAGCAAUAUCGUAAAUGGAUUCUCUUUUCUUAUGAGUAUUUCUAUUUAUUUUCAAAUUUAUGGAUUUUUGUUAUAUUAUAUAUUAUCAUUAAAGUUUUUGGUAUAUCUUGUUAUUUUUAUUUUCUAAAUAUUUUUAAUCAUAUUAAUCACUGUUUGUGGGUUUAUCAUUUUUCUUAUAAAAUUUUCAAAACUUAAGUUCAGUAAGUAAAAUAGAAUAAAAAAGAUAUGCCAGAUUCACUCCUUUUUAUUUUUUUCUUGGAUUUUGAUGGAAUGUGGAAAAAUAUCAUAAAGUAUUUCUUUCUUUUUGUUUUUCAUUUUCCAUUUUCUUGAAUUCUUAAAAUUUAUGUACUAGAUUACACUAUGUAUUUUUACUAAAUUAUUAAUUUUGACGAAAUUUUCACCAAAACAAAAUUAUAUCUCUAGUUUUAUUUAUUUAUUAAAUAUUUUAUAUAUAUAUAUAUCUUAUUAUCUCUGUUUUCUAAUGUUAUUUGAUAUGUUUCGAUUAUAUAUUUAUCUGUGGUUGUGGUUUUUAUCUAAUUUCUUGUUAUUUUUUUAUAGAAUUGAGCUCAGUGAACAAACAAACAAAAAAUAAUUUGUGAGGUUCACUCUUUUAUUUUGUUAAGGCAGAUUUGAUGUAUAGUUAAAAUAUCGUCAAUUAAUUUUUAUUCUUUUGUUCUUACAAAUUUAUGUACUUUGAAUUAUAUUAUUUAUUUAUUCUAUUAUUAUUUACUUUCAGAAAUAUUUAUUUUGGUCGACUUAAUAUUAUUUUGUUAAUAUAUUUGGUUAAACAAUAGAUUAAUUAAUAAUUCUAAAAAUUAUGUUUAGUUUUUAGAUAACUUCUUUAAUGAUGUGGAAGCAUGAGACGAGAUCAUGAUAUACUUUUGUUUAAAUAGAAUUGAAUUAAGAGAAUUAAAUUGAAUUAAAAAUAAUUAAACUGAAUUAUAAUAAGUUACAAGGAUAAAAAUUAAAUUAUACAACUCAAACAUAUCUAAUCUCAUAUACUUAAUAAGAAAAUAAUAUCAAAAUAUUUCUUUAAUUUAAAAAUUAAAAUUUAUUUAUUUAGAUAAUUAUGCAACAUAAAUAAAUUUGAACAAACAUUCAAAUAAUUUAUUGAUGUGUAAUUACAUAGCUAUACUGCCAUCAUACCAAAUAUAAUUCAUCCUAUAUAAUAAGAACCAAUCACACCACUAAAAUCAAAUAUACAAACAAACAAGUAAACAAGCAAAAUAUUUACAUAAACUACACGAAACUGAACGUAAGAGCUUGAAUAUAAAAAGUCCAGCAAAGAAAAAACAACACGAAAUUGCUGUAUAAGGAAAAUGAAAACCCCAAGAUCUUCAUACGUUUAUGAAACGUCUCUCGUGAUGGUGUUAACCAUAUUCUUGCUCUUCAUUUUAGGACAAGCAAGUGCAAUGGGUUUUCUCAACAACAUGAUAUGUUUUAAUGGAGUACCGUACGCGUGUCCUGACAAGUGCGAUGUAAAGUGUAAAGAGAAUGGUUUUAAUGGAGGGAUAUGUGUAACUGGAAGUCUCAAAGUUGCGCAAUGUUGUUGCGAUAAAAGGCUUACGCCAUCGAUAUUGUCUUAUCCGGUUAAGCCUCCCCCAUCGAUAUUGUCUUAUCCCGUUAAACCUCCCCCAUCGAUAUUGUCUUAUCCUGUUAAACCUCUCCCAUCGAUAUUGUCUUAUCCUGUUAAGCCUCCCCCAUCGAUAUUGUCUUAUCCCGUUAAACCUCCCCCAUCGAUAUUGUCUUAUCCCGUUAAGCCUCCCCCAUCGAUAUUGUCUUAUCCUGUUAAGCCUCCCCCAUCGAUAUUGUCUUAUCCCGUUAAACCUCCCCCAUCGAUAUUGUCUUAUCCCGUUAAACCUCCCCCAUCGAUAUUGUCUUAUCCCGUAAAGCCUCCCCCAUCGAUAUUGUCUUCUCCCGUUAAACCUCCCCCAUCGAUAUUGUCUUAUCCUGUUAAGCCUCCCCCGUCGAUAUUGUCUUAUCCUGUUAAACCUCCCCCCAUCAUGAUUAAUAUUGAAUCAUAAAUGUCUGAGAAAAUAAUAAAAAAAUUAUUAUAAUAAUACGUAUGAUUGAAUAUUGGUUUUUUUUUGCAGAAAUGACUCAAAACUCAAAGUCAAACACAAAUCUAAUCCGUGACUUUUUUAGAAUUUUUAUUUGCCCUAUUCACUCCAAAAGUUCGAAUUAUUCAUGAAAAUUCCACUAUUUUUUUUCUUUCAAAAACGAGCAUUUUACUCUACCAUUCUCAUGUUCCUCAAGUAUUUACAAUAUUGAUACUGCCAUUAAUACAUCAACAACCAUGAACAACCAAUUUAAAGCUCUUAAGACACCUAAAAAUCGAUUUUCACUCUUCUUAUCUCAUCUCUUAUGCACUAAAACCAUCACUUUCACUUUCUCUCUUUAUUCAUCAAAAAAAAAAACCAAGAUUUUGAUUCUAAACUUUUUAAAGGUUCAUAGAGCCAUUCAAGCUCAAGAUUCUUGGUCAUCAACAAGUGGGUCACUUUCGGGGGACCACCAUGGCUCCUCUCUUCUCGAAAAUCCAUACAUCCCCUAUCAGUGUAUGGACAUCUCGAAAAUCCAUACAUCCCUUAUCAGUGUAUGUACAUCUAUCUCUCGAGCGCAGAACUUCUGUGUGCUUGAAGAAGCUAAUUGAAACACUAAAACUGAACCUUUCCUACUGUCUAAUUAACAGAGAUAAUUGUAAUAUUUAAGAUUUAAUCCAGAGGACCAGUCUACAUUUUAUUCUUAUGAGUUUUCAACUUACCAAGUGAUAGACAAGUUAUGAACUUGCUCGAAAUAACUAAAACGCAUGAAGUACGUCUUUGUGUAUCAAGCCUUGGCAACAAAGAAGCUGAAUAUGCUAAUGAAGUUUAAGAUGAAGGGAAGAAGAUAAUGAAGGGGGUGAAGAUGAUAAUUUGGUUGAAGAUGAAAAUGAUGAUGGGGAGGAGGAUGUUGAUAUGCCUGAUGUUGCUGAAGCGGUUGAUGAUGGUGAGGAUUACAGUGAGUAUGGAAAAGUUAAAGAUGAGGAUGAGAAAGAAGAAGAUGAUAUGUGUAUGGCAGGGCAUAAUAGAUUCACACUUGGAUAACUUGUAUAAACCCAUCAACAGUGUAAGUCUUUGUGAAAUCUUUUCUCUUCAAAGAGUUCAUCAGCACCUUAAAUGCCACUCUCCCCCUUGGAUAAUUCUCAAUUUUUCCUAUAUCCAUCACUAGCUUUGGAAGACUACCCCGUGUAGCGGUUAAGUAUUUUUUCCCUUCAAUGAAUCUAGUGACGAUGGCUAGGUAUCCCAGCCGCGUGCGAUCUUACUGAGGCCACUCUUCGCAUCUCUCACAUGCUGCUAUUAUAUGUUCAGAAGUUGGACCAGAGUCGACAUCAACACCCAUCACCUCCCAGAAAGAAGCCAUCUCGUCUGUAACCUCACACCUUGGAUUUUCCAGGUCCUCAAUGUAAUUGCAGUUGAGACCAUUGAGGUAUUCAAACUCUUUAUCAGUGAAAACCUCAUCGUUUGUGGACCAACGAGACCACAAAGCUCAUACUUCUUCUUGAUGUUAAGCUGGAAACAAACCAUAUAAUGAACCAGCCUUGAUGUCCAACUAAAAUUUAGCUCCUUGAACUUGAUGAACAGUCCCAACUUUGAGUCCUUCAGCUCCUCAUAUUUGUCGUCAUGUAGAGCUUGCCUUACAGAAAGAAGCAACUUCGAAUCAUCUGUAUGAUACACAAUGCUUUUCAUUGAAAAGGGAUCUUCCCCUAAGGUAAAUAUCCUCUACGGGAGUUCUGGUAAAUCCAUUUUUCCACUAUGAAAAACAAUCAAAAACCAACAUCUCAAAUACAAACCAAACGUACUAUUAUAAAUUCCUAUACUGGAAGACUUACAAGUAAGUUUAGUUAGAAAACUUCUUCGACGAAGUCUUCUAGGAAGUCUCCCAUUCGUCUUCUCAUAGAAGGCUACCAGAAGACUUCGCAUAAGACUUCAUGCAAGUCUUCUCAGAAGUCUUUCAGUUGAACACUACAAAAAUCGUUAGAUCUGUAUGCUUAGCACAAUUUUCAAAUCUGUAAACAGUCGAUUUUAGUAGUGUCCUACUGGAAGACUUCCCAAAAGUCUUCUAUGUUAUAUUUUAAUUUUCGUUUAUGUUAUAUAUAUAUAUAUAUUUUUUAAAUGACUAUAAAUUACUAAAACUUUUAAAAUUCUUACAAUGAAAAAUUUGUGAACAAUGGUUUUACUUUUUGUUUGUUAUAAAAAGAUACAAAUGAUCAUAAAUUCAUAUGAAUAUAAGUAUCAUUUAAUAACUAUUCAGAUUAUAUAUAUAUAUAUAUAUAUAUAUAUAUUUCAAUAUUAUAUACCAUAUAAAAUAUACAUAAAUAUGUUAAUUUUGAAAUUUGAAUUAAAUUUUUAAAAAGGAUUAUAAAUUUUUGAUUAAUGGUUUAAAUGUUUUUGUUACCUACUACAAAUAUACAAAUGUUAAUAAAAUCAUAUGAGUAGAAACUAUGAAACUUCAAUUAAAUAUUCAUAUUAGAAUAUACUAAAUAUUUGGUGGUAAAUACUUUUGACCGGAUUUUGGAAAUGUUUUAAAAAGGAUUUAGGAAAUAAAAUAUUAGAGAUUAAGUAAAUCUAAUUGGUUGAGAUUCUUUAGUUAGUAAAAUAUAGAAGUUCUUAUUAUUUCAAGAAAAUGUGGAUUUUCAUGUUUACCAUUUUGUUUCUACCAUUACUCAUGUUGCCAUUACUAAAUAGACAUUUUCAAAAAUACAUUCUUCAUUAAGAGGCAAAAGACUCUUAUACCCUUACUUUAUAUAUAUAUAUAUAUAUAUAUAUAAUAAAUAAUUAUUUAUAUAAAUAAAUAAUUAAAAAAAAAAAAAAAUUAUGUUUAAGAAUUAUAAUUUUCAGAUUCAAACUUUAUAUAAAACAAAAUUCAUUUUGAAUAUUUUUUAAAAAUUUGUAAGUAUUGAUUUAUAUAUUUAUUAGAACCCUAAACUCUCCAUUCCAAAAACCUUACUCCACCCAUUAACUAUAAACCUUAUGUAUACAUUAGUUAAUCCUAGGGUUAUAAAUGUUUUUUACCUCUUUAAAAGUUAGGGUAAAAGUGGUUAAGGUAAACAUGGAAAGUAAUAUUAUGAAUGUGACAUUUUUGGCAAUUUUCCAAAAAUUUGAUGAUAUUUGUAGCUAUAGUUAGCCUAUAUUUAAAUGUGAGUAGUUAGUAAUAGUAUAGGUUGAGAGAAACAUAUGAAGUAUAGUUUUAAAAAAUAAUAUUAUACCUCUAAUCAAGUUGAAUCGUGAUUCUGUUUUAAUAGAUUGUACAUAUUAAGAUAUAGGUGAUGUAAAUAAGAUAAACCAAAACCAUUUUGAACAG